UUAGGCAAGCUGGGCAUGCGUAGAGCGUCAGCUCGGAGAAGCCCUCUCCGGCAGAGGCGCAUGCGCGCAACCGAGAAGCGCAUUUCUCCCCCUUCUUCUGCUCUCUUUCGGGUCCUCACCGGCUUCCGGUCCGUCGGCGUCUCUUGCUCGGGCUGCUACAGCUCCAUUAUGUCGCGACGGGCCUUGAGGCGACUGAGGGGGGAGUCGAAGGGGCAGUCGCUGCUGGGGGGGCUCGAUGGCGGCGAGGAGGAGGAGGAGGAGGAGGAGGAGGGCGGAGAAGAAGAAGAAGAAGGAGUGGGAGGAGGCGAGGCGUCACCUUCGCUGCCGGGGACUGGAGGCAUCAGCAGGAGGCGGAGGCGGCCCCGGCAGGAGCCGGUGGGGCGGGUCACCAACCUCUUCGAGCUGAUAACCAACGAAGAACCAGAUGAUGAUGUAGCAUCCAAAGAGGAUUCGAGGCGGCAGAAUGAGGGUGACAAAGGGAACAAAGGAGAAGUGGAACUGGGAGGUCUAGAAAGAGAUUGGCGGAGAGAGAGAGAGGAGACAGAGCAACUGGACCAGAUGCCUAGUUCAAAUAACAAAUCACGAAAGAAAAAAAAGAAAAAAAAGAAUAAGAAGAAUGCAUCUGGUGAAUCUCAGUGCCCUGGUGAUGAAGACAAUGCAGAAGACAUUGAGAGCAUCCUGGUGAGGAUUGAGAACUCCAAUGGACCAUCUUGCCAAAGCCAGAGCAGAGUAGUCACAGACAAUCGGCCUUUGCUCUACAUAGAGCACAGAAACCUGAAUCCAGAAACUGAGCUGAAGAGAUAUUUUGGGGUCCGAGCAGUUCUUGGCGAUCAGAGGCCACGGCAGAGGCAGCGCCAGUAUGUGCGCAGCACGUGGCUGACGGUGCCCAAGAACACUUGGCCACGCCAUAGCAAAACAGGCAUCUCCAUGGCACUGCUAGAGACAAAGCGAGGGCUUCAGCACUUUGCCUUCGAGCACCAUCGAGAAUAUCAGCAAGUGCAGUUCAAGUUCUUGGAUGCUGUGGAGUCCAUGGAUCCAAACAAUCUUGUGCUUUUGCUCCAGAUGAACCCUUCCCACGUGGACUCGCUCUUACAGCUCAGUGACGUCUGCCGGAUGCAGGAAGACCAGGAGAUGGCCAGAGACCUUGUUGAAAGAGCCCUCUACACCCUGGAGUGUGCCUUCCACCCAAUGUUCAGCCUCACCAAUGGGACCUGCAGGCUGGAUUACCGGAGGCCGGAGAACAGAGCUUUCUUUCUGGCUCUCUUCAAGCAUAUGAUUUUCCUUGAGAGGAGAGGUUGUCUUCGCACUGCCUUGGAAUUCUGCAAACUUAUCUUGAGCCUUGAUCCAGAUAAUGACCCGCUGUGCACACUGCUGAUCAUUGAUUUGCUGUCACUUCGAGCUAAGGAAUACACCUUCUUGACACGCAUGUUCCAGGAGUGGGAGAGUCAUCGGAACCUGUCGCAGCUCCCAAACUUUGCCUUCUCGGUCCCUCUGGCCUAUUUCUUUCUGAGCCAGCAAGAGGAUCUCCCGGAAGCAGAGCUCAGCCAAGCCCAUGAAAGAGCUGCCACCCUCAUUCAGCAGUCGCUGAUCAUGUUCCCAAACGUUCUGAUGCCUUUGCUGGAUCGCUGUAGUGUGCAGCCAGACUCCACAGUAGCGUCCCACUCGGUCUUUGGACUGGAUGCCCAGUUAAGUUCUCCCCCUGCACUGAACCAGCUGGUUGCCCUCUACCUUGGGAGGACCCACUCCCUCUGGAAGGACCCGGCUGUCAUGGCCUGGCUGGAAACGAACGUGCGGGAGGUGUUGCGGAUGGUGGACUCGAAGGACCCAAUGUUGGAAGAGGUUGAGCGGAAGCGAAAGGCAAGGUACCAGAACGCCCCCAGGAAUGUCUAUCGCCACGUGAUCCUCUCAGAGAUCAGGGAAGCCACAGCAGCAUUGCCUCCGGAAGUGACCUCCCAGCCCAUCAUGGGGUUCGAUCCCCUGCCCCCCCCGGACUCCAUCGUUUCAUACAUAAGGCCAGAAAGGGCAAUUCAUCCCUCCAAUGAAAGCACUUUAUCUCUCUUCUUUCGCUCGCUCUUGCCAAACUUCAACUUGCAGGGGGAAGUCAGAGGUGCUGGAGAGGAGGAGCCAGGCGCAGGACAGAAUCUGAACCAGGGUGUGAACAGGCUGAUGGCAGCCAUGCGGGACAUGCUGGCAAAUAUCCAGUUCCAGGACCCUCCUCGGGAUGAGAACCCCGAUGGCGAUGGGGGGGAGUGGGACUAAGCCCAGACUUGCCCCCUCCUCCCCAUGUAACUUGCCUUGCCAUUACAAUAAACAGUCAUAAGCCAGAGGAGAA